AUAGCAUCAUGAAAAAUAUUAAGAAUUCCGUGAUAAUAUUUCUACAUCGUAAAGGUAGAACAUUACUAAAAGUCCUAGCAGUGGUGCUAUUCGUUUAUUUCAUCUCCCGGAAAUUUCAUUGCAUGGUCUUUAAACUAGAAAAUGCAGUUUGCAUUUCGAUCACAGGACGUAUGGCCAAUGCUAUGUUCCAGGAGGCCUUUCUUUAUUCAUUUUCAAAAAAGAGACAUAACUCUGAAGUAGUAUUUAGCAGCGAAAACCCUCUUGCUGACAUAUUUACCUUAGACGGUUUGAACUGGAGGUACGAUAAUACAUAUUCUUGCUCGUGUUAUUCUCUGUACCAGGAUAAAUGGAACUGCGCCUAUGAUGAGUCGUUGGAAAGUCUCAAACUUCCUCUGCAAGUCUGGGGAUUUUUUCAAUCUUGGAAAUAUUUUAAAGGUGAUGAAGAGGAAAUUCGCAGAAUGUUUACCUUUCAACCCCGUCUACAAAAGGCAGCCAAGGAUCAACUGGAAACCAUAGUUGCUUCUUUUGCAAACAAAGGGGUGACUGAGAAGACCGUUCUAGUGGGGGUUCAUGUACGAAGAGGAGAUUACGUAAACAAAAAAGAAUAUUUCUUUAUAGACUACGGUUACAAUGUGGCCACUGAAGCCUAUAUUCAUAAUGCCAUAACCUUUUUUCAAGAAAAAUAUCAAGAUGUUCUCUUUAUUGUAUGUGGUAAUGGCGUCGCGUGGGCUCGAGAGGUUAUGAAGAGUUAUGAAAGGGUCCACUUUGUGAACGAUAUCUCUCCCCCACGAGACAUGGCCCUGCUUACUAGGACCCACCACACCAUAAUGACGGUGGGGACCUUUGGAUGGUGGAUAGGGUGGUUAACAAACGGAACCACCGUGUACUAUAAAAAUACCUAUCAAGAAGGCACACACUUCAGUAAGGAAUUUAAUGGCGGUACUAAGGAUCACUUUAUAGCAAAUUGGAUUGGUUUAGACUGAUAAUUUUAUUCAAUAAGCAUAAUAAAUUUACCAUUUUUAUGUUUUUUUAUGCAGCUGUAGACAAUUUUACCUUAUUUUAUGAUUUAACGUCUCAUGCAAAGGUGUUCAACCUAGAUGAGUUCUUAUUCCUUUAAUUUUUGUCAUUAUGUUGUUCUGGAUUUUAAAAUCUUUUAGAAUUUUUUACAUCAUGUUCAUGUUGAGUAUUUUUUCACUGUGCUAUAGCCUCAGUAAUCGUUUUAACUUUGCCUCUGGCAGGAACAGAGCCUAAAUAAUAACAUCAGCAUUAAUAAAUAUAUAAAUAUAAACAUUAAUCAAUCUUUAAAAUACAUCCAUUUAAUUGAUGGGCUGCAAAAAGCUUAUGAUGAGGACAUCACAAAAUUUAACCUAGGCUAAAUUAAAAGAAGUAUUCUCUUUUUUACUCACAUUGGUUAUGCACAAAGUUAAACAUUAAUAAUGUAACAAAGUUACUUCAAGAAAGGGUUAAUUCGAGAAUCCGAAAAAUCAAAUUACACGCAUAUAAUACUUAUUUUGUUUAUUAGUUGCUUAAAUGGUUAAGGUAUGGAAGUGUGUUAGAAUACUUUUCUAAAUGCAUCAUCACUGCAUUUUUUUCUAACAGUGCAUACAGAUUUGAUUUGUAGUGUAGAAAUAGCGUGAUCGAGCGUAUAUUAAAUAUAUACGUCAGCUUUCUUCAAAUAAAAGAAAUUAAGAUAUA